AUGGGUUUAAUAGGUCUUCGAAAAUUAAUUGAAAGUAGCGGCAGCUGUCGAUUUCUACCCAAUCCACUGACUGAUGAUAAUGCGCCAGACUAUCUGGCGCCGGCCGAGAGCGAUGAGGGGCGAAUAAGCAACUUUUCAAAGAAGUCUUUCGCCGAGGAGGGGGCAUGCGAUGGGGUUCCGUCGCGCCGUUCGGACGCAUUUCUUGAACAGGACACCACGCUUACCAACUCCUUGGAUGUGUCCCCCGCCUCGCGCGAGGUGCCGUAUGUGGAUCAUGUGUUGAUUGACAUGAACUGCAUUAUUCACUCGUGCGUAAACCGAGCGAAGGGCCUUGACAAGCGCGGGGUCAUCCAAUCGAUCCUGGGGCGUCUUCAGGUUCUCCUCACCCAGGUCGUCGCGCCGCGGCGGUCGCUGACGUUCUGCCUGGACGGCCCCGCGCCGUACGCCAAACUCCAAACGCAGCGCCUGCGGCGGCGGAAGGUGGCGUUGAUGGACGCGACGGUGGACCAACUCACCGCCCUGUCCAUCACGGCGGGGUCGCUCUUUCUCGUGGAGCUGGAGAACGCGCUGGCGGCGCAGUUCCAGCUCCACCGCGGGAGUGGCUUUCUAAAGUCCUUCUGCCCGACCUUCCUCUUCGGGUCGACCGUGGUCGGGGAAGGCGAGGCGAAGAUCGCGCGGGCGCUGGCCUUCCUGGCCUCCUCCGCGCUCGCGGGGGGGGGUCUGACGGGGGGUCUUCCGCGGCGCCGGCGGUCCGCGCGCCGGCCUACCGCCCGGACGACACCGUCGUGGUGGUCGGGACGGACGCCGACCUCGCCCUGA